CUCUGAAAAAAUGGCUCAUUGGGUUCGCUAUCUUCACUUGCAGCAAGCUGUGCUGAUGCUCUUUAUUUCAAACGAAUGCUUGCUGAUUGGAGUCAAGAGCGGCGCAUUGAAAUACGUGGAAUCCCGGAUCAACUGGGAGAAACAGAUUUCGGAUCAUGGGGAUCGUAUGCGUCAAUUUUCACCGCUCGUCGAACCAUCUCCGGACCGAUCCUUGGCUCGCCAAUACCUGGUACCAUCGAAAUCGCAAAGGCAGAUGGAACCCCAUACGCAAAACUCAGAAAAGACAUCCAAGAAAACUCACGAACCUGAGUCCCGCUCUCUCGGUACACAUUCUAUCUUUGGCCGAAUGUCACCGCAUGACUUUGAACGGUAUCGCUUAGAUCAGUCACAGCGAUCGCGUGCCAUGACCCAGCGGCUGAGUUCUCUCAAUAGAAACGAGCAGAACCAUUUCGAACGACAAACUGACACCCCUAGUGAGCCUCCACCGGAAAAAAUUGUUCCCCCGCUUUUCCCAGCAUCUGUUCAUCCCAAACCACCAUUCUUCGUUCGCCGAAUGCCAAGCGAUGAAUUCCGUGACGCCAUCGACAGGAGACAAUUGUUCGAUCCCAAUAAUCCUGGAAUUAUCGACAACCCCGGAACCCGUCCACCACCGGAAUCUCUGAAGGAAUGGCUCAAGUAUCCGUUGUCGGAUGAGGAAUAUUAUCAGCAAGUAGGCUUGAUACCGGGUGGCAUAUUUCCGGCAGGCUCAAGUCGCUAGUACAAUGGGCAAACCAGUAUAAGAGCCACGGGAACCGGAAGUUAUUAGUCUACGAUUUGGGAGACGUAUGGACUCUCAUUAUUUUUUCAAGUUCAUCGUGCUAAGUAUGAACGUAUGAAACUGUUCAGAUGAUUAGGUUAUGGUCGGUGUAAUGGUGCUACACCGAAUGAUAUAAUGAGAAAGAAUUUUGUGGCUGCAGCGUUAUUCUUGAAAAAAUAUAAAAUGAAAAAAACAUAAGCGAAAAACGUUUUGUCGCGUUGUAUCAUUCCUGAUUUUGCUUUAAUCUGACGGCCAAUAAUUGCACACGAUUAACAUGGUAUGGAGAAUAAUUAAUACAGGAAAAACUUGUGUAUCUUGAGUUACAAAUUAAAUAGAAUUGCCGGUAUGAACACUC